UAAUUAAUCUCUACGCUUCUCUCUUUGCAAUUACUCCUUGAGAGCAUCUCUCUCUAGAAUAUCGAGUAUUGCUAAUUUGAGCGUCGGAGAGUCUUUCUCGAGAAAACAUCCUCAGGAUUUUCAGGUGUAGAAGCAGCUGAGGAUUUCAACAGUGUUGGACUGCGAAGCUACCCAAACAUUUGGCGCCAUCUGUGGGAAACUUGAACAAGAAGUUGUGUAGCUUAACCUACUAAAAGACAAAAUGGUUCAUACUUUUACAGGAGGUCGCCCUCCAAGAAAUGAAAUGGAUGAACAAGAGGACAUUCAACUGCCUGAGCCCGGCUUGAAUGAUUUUAGGCCAAUGCCUAGAAACCUUUUUGUUGGAGGAGCAGAACAGGAUCAAUUAAGUGAAACAGAUGAUGAUGAAAGAACACCAACUGGGUAUGCAACUCAGCUUGAACAGUUCCAAGUUCCAACAGGAACAAGACAAAAACAUUCUAGACCAUACAGUUCACAACAUGAACGACCUGAAAGGUCAACAGAACCUACUCGAACGAUCAAGCUCGAAGAGAGAACCAGAGUUCUCGAAAUGGCAAUGGGUAAAAUCAUUGCCCGCCUGAUCCCCGAUGAUCCCCUGAUUCCUUUGUUGAACAGGGAUGCACAACCAGCUGCGGUUGUUGCCACUCGAAACUCCCCCGCUCUGAGCAAUGUAGUAGUGCCAACCAAACCAAGGGGAAGUGGGAGGUUCAACAACGAGCUUAGCUCGUCAAAACAUAGUGAAGAACUGAUAAGCAAGAAUGCAGACCUCAAAAGGCAGUUACGGGACGUACAGAAAUCCAUCGACGAGCUAAAAAGCCCCAGGUUGCAUCAACAAACUCUUGAUUUGGAUAGUGCCCCAUUGAACCUAUCCAUCACAACGGAACCGUAUCAAGAGGGGUUCAAAAUCCCCCACUUAGAGACAUAUGAUGGCUCAGGUGACCCUGAUGAGCAUCUUCACACCUACCAAGCCAUCAUGAGAAUCCAAAACGCUAAUGAUGCCAUGAUGUGCAAAGUGUUUCCAGCGACACUUAAGUCAACAGCCAAGAGGUGGUAUCACAAACUCCUCAGGCAUUCUAUAGACUCAUAUUCCCAGCUCGCCAAGCUAUUCUCCAACAAAUUUGUGAGCCAAAGAGAGAUUAAACGCACAGCGACCGAGCUGAUGCAAGUUCAUCAGAAAGAAGGGGAAUCUCUUAGGGACUACAUGCAACAAUUCAACAAGGCAACUUUAGAAAUUGAUAACGUCCUUGAUACCAUCUACUUGUCUGCCUUGCUGCAUGGUUUGAAGCGUGGUCGGUUCCUAGAUGACUUGCUAGAAAACCCACCGAAGACGUGGAACGAAGUGAAUGACAGGUCGGCUAGCUUCAUAUUGUCAGAAGACUUCCAAUCGUCCAAGCGACGAGCUGACGAUAAGCAGGGCAAGAGCCAGGAACAACCACCAAGGAGAGAAGAAAAGAAAAAGCAGAAAGUCAAUGAGCUAUGGGGGAAGCCAGCUGAAUUCCUGAAAUAUGCUAACUACAUCUCUCUGACCUUGCCCAGGUCUCAAAUCCUGGCACAAAUACAGCACUGGAUUAGAAGACCCUCGCUCCCAUUGCACGAUUCCCCGAGAGCAAAUAACAGUAAACAUUGUGACUACCAUCGUGUGUAUGGCCACAAUACAGAAGACUGCCAGGAUUUAAAGGACGAUCUAGAGUUCUUAGCUCGCAGUGGAAAAUUAGAAGGAUAUGUCCAAAAGCCUCAUACCCAGCAACCAACUCAAAAUCACUUUGUGCAGGGGUAUGACCGACCUCAGGGGCAGAGGGGCCGCCAAUUCAAUAGGCGCGGCCAAGGUCAGAGACCUACCACCCAGAACCAAAAAGAUAGGAGAGGAGUUGGGUGCAGUGCGAUACCCCCAUUGUCUGGCACAAUCAACAUGAUCUCUAAUGGUAUGCACUCAGAGGGCCAAAGUGCCCGGGCCCCUAUCACAUUCAGCCCGGCCGAUUAUAAGCGAGCAGAUGGAGAGCCCGACGUGAUGAUGCCUCACGCAGAUCCAUUUGUGGCAAUAGUCCAUAUAGGCAAUCAUAACGUCAACAAGGUCUUUAUUGAUACGGGUAGCUCGCCAGAUAUCCUUUAUUGGAGCUGCUUCCAGAAGAUGCAGUUGAAUCCGAGCUCGCUGCAGAAAUAUGAAGGGUCCAUCUACGGGUUCGAUAAUCAGCCCGUCCCGGUUGAAGGAGUCAUUACUCUACUCAUAUAUGUGGGCUCAGAACCGCGAUUUAGGAUGGCUUCUAUUAGCUUUCUGGUAGUCAAGAUGGAGUCAGCUUUUAACGCCAUAUUAGGAAGGGCUACUUUAUGCGAGCUGAAGGCUGUUAUCUCACAACCCCAUCUCUGCAUGAAAUUCCCAACGCCUCAAGGGGUAGGAGUGGUAAAGGGGAAUCAGAAGAUGGCCAGGGCAUGUUAUCAAGAUACAUUUAAGAAGGUUGAGCUCGCCGUAGCCCCGAGAGGCUCCUCAGAAAGUAGUCGGCCGACUCAGCCUGGCCAACAGACAAUGAGCAUAUCGGAUAUUGAGCAUAGACCUGAGGGUGUCGAGCAGCAAGCAGAGCCGGUAGAGUCAGUAGAAACAGUUCCUUUAAACCUUGAUGUGCCGGAAAGAACAGUCAAGAUCGGCACCAAGCUCACAGAAGAAGAACGAGUAGAGCUUCUGGAGUUUUUGAGGGUUAAUCAAGAUGUGUUUGCGUGGACUACGGAUGAAAUGCCUUGCAUCCCAGUAGAGUUAACAGUCCACAAACUCAGCACAGACCCUGCCAAAAGGCCGGUGGUGCAAAAGCAUCGCCUUUUUGGCCCUGAGAAGCAGGUUGCUAUAGAUGAAGAAAUAAAAAAGCUGCUACAGGCAGGCUUCAUUAGGAGAGUGGAAUACUCUGAGUGGGUAUCCAAGCCGGUGCUCAUCAAAAAACCAAAUGGCAAGUGGCGGAUGUGUAUUGACUUCACCAACUUAAAUGAGGCAUGUCAAAAAGACCCUCAUCCCUUUCCAAAUGGGGAAAAACUAGUAGAGCGGGCAGCCAGACAUGAACGGAUGAGUUUUCUUGAUGCCAACUCGGGUUAUCACCAAGUUCAGUUGUUGCUAGACGACCAGGAGAGAACAGCUUUUUAUGCUGAUGACGCAAUCUACUACUAUGUCAUGAUGCCGUUUGGCCUGAAAAAUGCUGGCGCGACAUAUCAAAAGCUGGUGCAAAUCAUCUUUAAGCUCCAAAUUGGCAGGAACAUAGAAGUGUAUGUAGACGACAUGAUAGUCACCAGCGUGCGAGUUGAGGAUCAUAUCGACGACCUGAGUAAGAUCUUUCAAAACUUGUGCCGAGCCCAAAUGAAGCUGAACCCCCUGAAAUGCACAUUUGCAGUAGAGUCAGGAAAAUUCUUGGGGUACGUAGUAUCCAAGAAAGGAAUUGAAGUAAAUCCAAAGAAGGUUCAGGCCGUUCAGCAGAUGGAACUGCCCAAGACUGUCAAAGAUGUGCAAUGUUUAACGGGUCGUGUCGCUGCGCUGCACCGGUUUCUAGCCAGGUUGGCAGAAAGAUGCCUCCCGUUCUUCAAAGCCCUACGAGAGCCCAAGCACUUUCAAUGGACUGACGAGUGGGAGAGUUUACACCUGUACCUGGGGGUUACAGAAGAGGCAGUGAGCUCAGUUUUGCUCAGGGAGGAGAAUAAGAAUCAGAAGUUUAUCUGCUAUGUGAGCAAGGUUUUACAAGGUGCCGAGCAGAACUACCCAUUAGCAGAAAAGGCUGCUUUUGCCCUGGUUUACACAGCUCGCCAGGCCGUUGUAGACUUUUUGGUGGAGUGCAUCUCAGCAACUGAGGAAGAAAAAGCACCCGAACACCCAGUCUGGGUCUUAUAUGUUGAUGGAGCAGCUAACGUUGAAGGAUCGAGUGCUGGGGCAGUGUUAUUAGGCCCAGACGGCUUUAAAUCCGAGCACGCAUUGAGGUUUAAAUUUCAGACCACUAAUAAUGCUGUGGAGUAUGAAGCCCUUGUUUAUGGAUUGAAGCUGGCGUCCGAGCUGAAGGUACAGAGCAUUCAGGUUUUUAGUGACUCUCAGCUCGUGGUGGGCCAAGUGAAUGGCAGUUGUGAAAUCAAGGAUCCCCAGCUCGGUCGUUAUGCCUCUGUGGUCAACAGAUUGAAGUCAAGAUUUGUUUCUUUUCAAAUUGACAAAAUAUUAAGGGCAGAUAACCACCGAGCUGACGAGCUGUCGAAGUUGGCCUCCUCGCAGAACCUUAACCCUCAGAGAUCAACAAUUGUUGAGGUUCUUGACGCCCCAAGCUACAUCGAUUUCACAAUCGAGUGUCAGCUGCUCAGCACAGAUCCCUCUUCACCGAGCUGGACUACCCCACUCAUAAAUUAUCUGCAAAGUGGCGAGUUACUUGAAGACCCAUCCACUGAAAAGUUGAUUAAACGCAGGGCGGCACACUUCACUUUGUUAGAUAACCAACUCUACAAACGAGCAGCCUCAAUGCCCCUAUUACGCUGUCUCACUCCUUAUGAAGCUGAAUACGCUGUGAGAGAAGUUCACGAAGGAAGCUAUGUCAAAAAGUGCCUGACCUGCCAGUUCACUGCUGACGCUAUUCACAUGCCAGGAGAAAUGCUCUCGUCACUCUCAUCUCCCUGGCCUUUUGCUCAAUGGUGGGUCGACUUGCUCGGCCCUUUCGUGAAAGGCAAAGGAGGUUGCACUUACCUCGUUGUCGCGGUGGAUUACUUCACCAAAUGGAUAGAAACUAAACCAUUGUCCACGACAACAGAAAAGAAAAUAAAAGAAUUCUUGUUCAAUUUAUGGCUCAGCUCGAUCAUUUGUAUACAGCUAGCUUUUACAUCCGUGUAUACUCCACAGUCAAAUGGACAGGCCGAGUCUGCCAAUAAGGUUGUCUUGCGAGGCCUCAAGACACGUGUUCUAGCCGCACGAUCUAAUUGGGUUGACGAGCUCAAUAAAGUACUUUGGUCGUGCCGCACUACACCUAGCUCGGCCACAGGCGAAUCUCCAUUUAACCUUGCCUAUAGAGCUGAGGCUGUCAUCCCAGUAGAGGUUGGACUGCCAUCUGGUAGACCAGGCCAGCAUGACGAUCACAACAAUGAGCAACUUUUGAGAGAGAACCUAGACCUUGUAGAAGAGGUUGGCGAUCUGGUAUUACGUAAGGCUGGAUUAACCAACACAUAUUCACACAUGGGCAAGCUUGCUCCUAAUUGGGAAGGUCCAUACAUGGUCGCUCAAGUUAACCGACCUGGAUCUUAUAUAUUAGCAGAUAUGAACGGGCGCCAGUUACCGUUUACAUGGAAUGUUCAGAACCUUAGAAAAUUUUACAGUUGAUUUGUAUUCUUGUUGAAUAUUUAAAGAACUUAAAUAAUGUAUGAGCAAUGCAAAUAAUACACACAUCUUUUC